AAAUCUAUGGCUAUAUUUGUUUCUAAUCUUUGGUUUUCAAAUUAGGAUUUUUGAUUUUUGGUAUCUAAAAAUUAAUGAUUAAAGUGAUGUUUGGAAUAGAUUUGGUGUUGUUCUUGUGGAAUUUGAGGAUGGGUAUUGAGGAAUUUGAGGAUUGGUGUCUGGGGUUUUGAUUUAGACAUGAAUCGUCAAAUACAGACAAAUUAAUUUUAGGUUAAAUGAGAAUUGAACCUUUACUGAAAACUUUUGAAAUUUUACUUAUGUAACUUUCAAUCCUGUGAUAAAGAUGUGUUUUUGUUCUUUUUUCUUACUUGAAAAUGAACUAAAACAAUGGUACACUGUGUAGAAAUUUAGGGAUAGUAUACCUGGUUAGCGAGAUGGAAUCCUUGUAAUGGAUGUGUACUAAAAUUGAAAUACAAUGAAUUCCAUAGUUGAAAGUUUGUGGAUGCGAGUUUAAUUAUAAGGAGGACUGGUUUUCUUAUAUAUUAUGGCUUGUCGUCCAGGGGAAAUGACAUGUUUGGAGAAAAAGUGGGACAAUUUUAUGAAGAUCAAAUGGGGUUUACCUAAUUGUGUUGAUAAUUUGAGUUAAUUUUGUUUUCCUUGUUGUGUCUACAUGACUUAAUAGAUUCAUUUUUAUCUAUUAGUUACUGUGUAUUUGUGGUUUACAUCUAUAUAUACUGGUUGCCUUACCUGGUAAUUACAUUUGAUGUUAUGAUCCUCUCACUCUUUAUCUCACACAACUUAAACUUAAAACACAAGACUUGUAGAUCAGACACAUAGUUUAGUACUGCUUUCUAAUACUAGCAUACACAGAUCAUUGUGGACAGUGGACUACAAAAAAUCGUAUUACUGGAGCUGAUGUAAAACCAACACAGAAGAAAAGUCUGAUUUCUGCAAGAUUCUUAAAGACCUGAAACUUCCUACUGGUUUCUCGUCGAACAUUAGCAACAAUGUUAAUAUGAAAAAACUGAGUAUCAGUAGCUUGAAAUCACACGAUUAUCACGUCAUUAUGAUGUAUUUGCUGCCAGUUCUACUUCAACAUGCUUUUCCUCGUCACAAAGAGUUGCGAACAGCACUUCACCAAAUCAGCUUGUAUUUCAGAAUUUUGUGUUCUAAAGUCUUGUGUAAAAGUGAUCUCGAAAAGGCUCGAUUCAUAGUUGCGAAAGCAAUGUGUAUGCUUGAGAAAUACUUUCCAGCUUCCUUUUUUGAUAUCAGUGUCCACAAUAUGGUUCAUUUGGCAGAUGAGGCUUUGAUUUGUGGACCCGUCAGGUUUCGGUGGAUGUAUCCUUUUAAAAGGGCAAUGAAGGACUGCAAAAACAUACCAAAUAACAAAAGAUUCAUUGAAGGGUCUAUUUCAGUGUCCCAUCUUUUACAAGAGUCUGUUAUGGGUGCGAUGGAGUGCAUGCCAAAUGCAAACGCUGGAAAUCACAAAGCUACUUGGGAAGCCUUUUUAAGACCAGAUUCGGAGUUCAGUGAUGUGGGUUAUAUGCUUAAAGAUAAGAAAGUGACCCCAACCAAUGUACAAUUUGUACAAAUACGUAGGUGGGUACUCUUUCGAUUAAAUCCUCCGGGUCUUGACGCCUAUUAUAGGGAGUUCUGUGACACCCUCUUACCCAUCUUAGAUUCUACUGGUAAGGAGGUCACGGUUGAUGAGGUAGAAUAACAAACAAAGUUCAUUCCAUGGUUGGUUGAAAAGCUAGUGAAAGAGAAAAAAACAGGUUCGGUUUUGUGGAGAUUGGCACAAGGUCCUGUUGGAGCGACAGAGUAUAUAAAAUAUCGCGUCAAUGGUUUUGUGUUUUCUCCUAGAUCUUAUGAAGAAGACCGUGAUACCCAAGAUAGUGAUGUCUGCGUAGAGGCAUACACCACGUUUAGGAGGAACAAAGGUGAUACAUCUCCUGAAACUCACUUAUCAAAGUGGUAUGGAGUGAUCAACCAAAUCCUAGAAUUGGACUAUACCACUUUUUAUGAGACUGUGUUCUACUGUGACUGGGUGAAGGUAGGCAGUGGAAUCAAAAUUUGUCCAGAUUCCAAUCUGGUUUUGGUAAAGUUGAACAGUAUGAGAAGUUCCAGUAAAAUAUAUGACGAACCGGCAAUUCUAGUUGAAGAGGCAAGCCAGGUUUUUUACUCCAAAGAUUUGAAAAGCUCUGAUCAGUGGGUUGUUAUUCCUUCACCAAAGGGGUUAACGAUAAAGGUAGACGAUCUUGAGAAGCCUAGUCCCGGCAGCUUUCAAAAUGUUCUUGUCGAUGAACCGCAUUUGGAUUGUUUGCUUAAUGUUUAUGGUGCCAAGAGGCCAAGAGUGGUGCCAAGAAGGAGAGCAUAGCCAGUGUAAUUUCUGAUGAAGAGCCUAGAAGCAUUUGCAUCAAACAGGAGCUGGUGAGUCCAUUAGGAGCAUGAAAUUUUGUCGCGACUUAACUAAAGUACAGAACACUACCUAAGUAACCGAAAGAUCGGGCUAUGGAUGUAUGGUCAUGGAGUGGCAGUAGCAAUUCUGACAUUCUACUUUACAUUCCUGCUAUAUCAUAAUAUUAAUACUACAGUCUCUUUUUGUUUUAGUUAUUGAUUAGUGACUCGAAAUCCUACAAUCUCUUUACAUAAUAUUAAUACUACAAUCUUGUUUAUGUGCA